GCAGAACUUUAUGAGCUUUUCCGCCUUUACCAAUUCCACUCACUCAGGUUCUAGUUCCGAUCUCUGAAGUUUGUGUACCGAGUUUGGUAAUUUUUUCUUAGUUUCAGUAAGUGUUUUCAAGCCGCACAGAAUACAGUCGAGACGGUUUCAGAAUCUGAAACGGAGCUCAUUCGAACGGUGUCUGUGGUUGAACUCUCUCGGCGUGAGUUCUGUGAGUGAGUCUGUGACUUUGACUUUCAAUUUAGUGAAAUUCGGUAGUUAUUGACUUCCCGGCUUCCAGUGUGUCAAACCGUUAACCGUUACCGAUCAAUUACUGCAACAGGAUAUUAUCAGCCCAGCACAUCUGCAAUACAACGACCACCACGUUCUUUCUCUCUCCGCUGUUUAAGGAUUUUACGGUCGUCAACGGCUGUGUACUCUGGACAACGAAGGGAUGCAAGCGAUAGGAUACAUGCGACGAGAAAUCCUCUCGACACAAAGCAGACUGCCGUAAAAGCUCACUAUCCGGUAUGAAUCCGUUGGCGGAUAUUACCCUCCAAAUUUCUUCAACAGAUCACUCGCCGAUCGAACGUAAUCCACCAAUCGAAUCAUCAGCUUCUGGAAGAGGAUCCCCCUCUGUUGACUUUUUCUUUGUGAAAUGUGAAGACGGGCUAAACUUUUAUGACGAAAGUAUCCCACCAAGGCAAGUUGAGACGAUUCCUCCCAGUUCUUUAGCAAACCCUCUCUUUGUAAAAUGUGAAGACGGACUCAAUCGUUGUGAGGAAAAUACAAAACCCAGGCAACUUGCGACGAGUCCAUCCAGAUCUUCAGCAGACCCUCGUCUUAUAAAAUGUGAAGACGAACUCACUUUAUGUGUCAAAAAUUGGCAACCCAGGACACUUGAGACGAUUCCAUCAAGAUCUUCAGCAACCCUUUUGACCACAUUCAAAAGGGAACCAGGCGAAGAAAAUUAUAUUCCGAUCGAUCCCUUAUAUACCAAUAAUGACAUCAAAAGAGAAUCGUCGUUGCAAUCCUUCGAAGGUCAAAAUGUCGUAAACGCUGAGAAUGAAGCGCGAACACCUGGAUAUUAUUUCUGUAAUCCGUCAAACCAUGAUCUUUUAAUCACGAAUCAAAGGGAAGAAUUUCUAGCUCCUCUGAACUGCAGUGAUCAAAAAACUGUAUCCUACACAACAACUCUACUUGAAUCCUUUCAAGAAGUUACGGAUAUUCAAAGCGAAGGUCCCAAAACAUUCAGUUGUAACCAUUGCUCUGUUAUUUUCUCCCAAAAACUUCAACUGCGAGAACAUCUCCGAACGCACACCGAAGAGAAACCAUACAGCUGCAGUCACGGUUCGGCCUCCUCCUCCCAAAAAACCGAUUUAAGGCAGCAUAUGCGAAUUCACACCGAUGAGAAACCAUUCAGCUGCAGUGAGUGUUCUGCUUCUUUUUCCCGAAAAGUAAAUUUGAUGAGGCAUAUACGAACGCACACUGGUGAGAAACCAUUCAGCUGCAGUCACUGUCCGUCUUCCUUCUCCCAAAAAUCCGAUUUAAGGCGGCAUAUGCGAAUUCACACCGAUGAGAAACCAUUCAGCUGCAGUGAGUGUUCGUCUUCUUUUAUCCGAAAACAACAGUUGAUGAGCCAUGUACGAAUGCACACUGGUGAGAAACCAUUCCGUUGCAGUCAGUGUUCUGCUUCUUUUUCGGAUACGAGCUAUUUAUCAAAGCACAUGGGUGUGCACACUGAUGAAAAACCAUUCACCUGCAGUCAGUGUUCGGCGUGUUUUCGGAGAAAACUCAGUUUAAUGCGUCAUAUGCGAAGGCACACUGGUGAGAAACAAUUUAGUUGCAGUCACUGUUCGGCUUCUUUCUCCCAAAAACCGCAUUUAAGGAGCCACAUGAAAACGCACAUCGGUGAGAAACCAUUCUGUUGCAGUCACUGUUCGGCUUCUUUCUCCCGAAAAGCCUAUUUAAAGGUCCAUAUUCGAACGCACACUGGUGAGAGACCAUACAGUUGCAGUCACUGUUUGGCUUCUUUCCCCGAAAAACAAAGUUUAAAGUACCAUUUGCUAACGCACACUCGUGAGAAACCAUUCAGUUGCAGUCAGUGCUCGGCUUCAUUCUCCCAUAAACCGCAUUUAAGGAGCCACAUGCAAACGCACACUGGCGAGGAACCAUUCUGCUGUAUUCAGUGUUCGGCUUCUUUUUCCCGAAAACAAAAUUUGAUGAGGCAUAUACGAACGCACAGUGGUGAGAAACUAUUCAACUGCAGUCACUGUUCGUCUUCCUUCUCCCAAAAAUCCGAUUUAAGGCGGCAUAUGCGUAUUCACACCGAUGAGAAACCAUUCAGCUGCAGUGAGUGUUCGUCUUCUUUUGCCCGAAAAGAACAGUUGAAGAGCCAUGUACGAACGCACACUGGUGAGAAACCAUUCCGUUGCAGUCAGUGUUCUGCUUCUUUUUCGGAUCGGAGCUAUUUAUCAAAGCACAUGCGUGUGCACACUGAUGAAAAACCAUUCACCUGCAGUCAGUGUUCGGUUUCUUUUUCUAGAAAACUCAGUUUAAUGCGUCAUAUGCGAACGCACACUGGUGAGAGACCAUACAGUUGCAGUCACUGUUCGGCUUCUUUCCCCGAAAAACAAAAAUUAAAGUACCAUUUGCGAACGCACACUGGUGAGAAACCAUUCAGUUGCAGUCAGUGUUCGGCUUCUUUCUCUCAUAAGCACACCUUACAAGGGCACAUAAGAACGCACACUGGUGAGAAACCAUUCAGUUGCUGUCAGUGUUUGACUUCUUUCAGACUUAAAUCAACUUUAACUAGGCACAUGCGUUCGCACACUGGGGAGAAACCAUUCAGUUGCAGUCAAUGUUCGGCUUCUUUUUCCGAUGAAUGCAGUGAUACGUGCGACCAGAAAUCCUCUCGACACAAAGCAGACUGCCGUAGAAGCUCACUAUCCGGUAUGAAUCCGUUGGCGGAUACUACCCUCCAAAUUUCUCAAACCGAUCACUCGCCGAUCGAACGUAAUCCACCAAUCGAAUCAUCAGCUUCUGGAAGAGGAUCCCCCACUGUUGACUUUCUCUUUGUGAAAUGUGAAGACGGGCUAAAUUUUUAUGACGAAAGUAUCCCGCCAAGGCAAGUUGAGACGAUUCCUUCCAGUUCUUUAGCAAACCCUCUCUUUGUAAAAUGUGAAGACGGACUCAAUCGUUGUGACGAAAAAACAAAGCCCAGGCAACUUGCGACGAGUCCAUUCAGAUCUUCAGCAGACCCUCUUCUUAUAAAAUGUGAAGACGAACUCAAUUUAUGUGUCAAAAAUAGGCAACCCAGGGCACUUGAGACGAUUCCAUCAAAAUCUUCAGCAACCCUUUUGACCACAUUCAAAAACGAACCAGGCGAAGAAAAUUUUAUUCCGAUCGACCCCUUACAUACCAAUAAUGACAUCAAAAGUGAAUCGUCGUUGCAAUCCUUCGAAGGUCAAUAUGUCAUAAACGCCGAGAAUGAAGCGCGAACACCUGAAGAUUAUUUCUGUAAUCUGUCAAACCAUGAUCUUUCAAUCACGAAUCAAAGGGAAGAAUUUCUAGCUCCUCUGAACUGCAGUGAUCAAAAUACUGUAUCCUACGCAACAACUCUACUUGAUUCCUUACAUGAAGUUAUGGAUAUUCAAAGCGAAGGUCCCAAAACAUUCAGUUGUAACCAUUGCUCUGUUAUUUUCUCCCAAAAACUUCAACUGCGAGAACAUCUCCGAACGCACACUGGUGAGAAACCAUUUAGUUGCAGUGAGUGUUCGGCUUCUUUCUCUCAUAAGCACACCUUACAAGGGCACAUAAGAACGCACACUGGUGAGAAACCAUUCAGUUGCUGUCAGUGUUUGACUUCUUUCAGACUAAAAUCAAGUUUAACUAGGCACAUGCGUUCGCACACUGGGGAGAAACCAUUCAGUUGCAGUCAAUGUUCGGCUUCUUUUUCCCGAAAAUACCAUUUGAAGAGCCAUAUACGAACGCACACUGGUGAGAAACCAUUCAGCUGCAGUGAGUGUUCGGCUUCUUUUUCCCGAAAAGUAAAUUUGAUGAGGCAUAUACGAACGCACACUGGUGAGAGACCAUACAGUUGCAGUCACUGUUCGGCUUCUUUCCCCGAAAAACAAAGUUUAAAGUACCACUUGCAAAAGCACACUGGUGAGAAACCAUUCAGUUGCAGUCAGUGUUCGGCUUCUUUCUCCCAUGAACCGCAUUUAAGGAGCCACAUGCAAACGCACACCGGUGAGAAACCAUUCUUUUGCAGUCACUGUUCGGCUUCUUUCUCCCGAAAAGCCGAUUUAAAGGUCCAUAUUCGAACGCACACUGGUGAGAAACCAUUCAGCUGCAGUGAGUGUUCGGCUUCUUUUUCCCGAAAAGUAAAUUUGAUGAGGCAUAUACGAACGCACACUGGUGAGAAAACAUUCAGCUGCAGUCACUGUCCGUCUUCCUUCUCCCAAAAAUCCGAUUUAAGGCGGCACAGGCGAAUUCACACCGAUGAGAAACCAUUCAGCUGCAGUGAGUGUUCGUCUUCUUUUAUCCGAAAAAAACAGUUGAAGAGCCAUGUACGAACGCACACUGGUGAGAAACCAUUCCGUUGCAGUCAGUGUUUUGCUUCUUUUUCGGAUAAGAGCUAUUUAUCAAAGCACAUGGGUGUGCACACUGAUGAAAAACCAUUCACCUGCAGUCAGUGUUCGGCGUCUUUUCCUAGAAAACUCAGUUUAAAGUCCCAUUUGCGAACGCACACUGGUGAGAAACCAUUCAGCUGCAUUCAGUGUUCGGCUUCUUAUUCCGAAAAAGGAAAUUUGAUGAGGCAUAUACGAACGCACACUGGUGAGAAACCAUUCCGUUGCAGUCAGUGUUCUGCUUCGUUUUCGGAUAGGAGCUCUUUAUCAAAGCACAUGUGUGUGCACACUGAUGAAAAACCAUUCACCUGCAGUCAGUGUUCGGCUUCUUUUUCCCGAAAAGAACAUUUGAUGAGGCAUAUGCGAACGCACACUGGUGAGAAACCAUUCAGCUGCAGUCACUGUUCGUCUUCCUUCUCCCAAAAAUCCGAUUUAAGGCGGCAUAUGCGAAUUCACACCGAUGAGAAACCAUUCAGCUGCAGUGAGUGUUCGUCUUCUUUUUCCCGAAAACAACAGUUGAAGAGCCAUGUACGAACGCACACUGGUGAGAAACCAUUCCGUUGCAGUCAGUGUUUUGCUUCUUUUUCGGAUAGGAGCUAUUUAUCAAAGCACAUGCGUGUGCACACUGAUGAAAAACCAUUCACCUGCAGUCCGUGUUCGGCUUCUUUUUCUAGAAAACUCAGUUUAAUGCGUCAUAUGCGAAGGCACACUGGUGAGAGACCAUACAGUUGCAGUCACUGUUCGGCUUCUUUCCCCGAAAAACAAAGUUUAAAGUACCACUUGCAAAAGCACACUGGUGAGAAACCAUUCAGUUGCAGUCAGUGUUCGGCUUCUUUCUCCCAUGAACCGCAUUUAAGGAGCCACAUGCAAACGCACACCGGUGAGAAACCAUUCUUUUGCAGUCACUGUUCGGCUUCUUUCUCCCGAAAAGCCUAUUUAAAGGUCCAUAUUCGAACGCACACUGGUGAGAAACCAUUCAGCUGCAGUCAUUGUUCGGCUUCUUUUUCCCAAAAAAAUAGUUUAAAUAGCCAUGUGUUAACGCAUGCUGGUGAGAAACCAUUCAGUUGCAGUGAGUGUUCGGCCUGUUUCUGCCAAAAAUCCAAUUUAAGGAGGCAUAUUAAGCGAAUUCAUACUGGUGAGAAACCAUUCACUUGUAGUCAGUAAUCAUUCAGUUGUAGUCACUGUUUGGCCUCUUUCGGCCAUAAAUACUCUCUGUCAAGGCACCUGCGAAGUGGCAAUCAUUGGUUCUUGUUAGCUUCUUUAAGGAAAGAUCGGCCAGCAACGAACUCAAGUGUCAUUCGAAAUAUUUUUAAGUUUUAAGCUUCCUGGGCGAUUCAAAUACUUUGUAGUCCUCCUUAAAGAAAUACAUUUUAUUUUUGUUUGCUCGAGGUCUCUCACCAGUUAGGACAUAUCAGGUUCCAGAUAAGUGUAUCAAACGAACGAAAAUGACAAAAUAUUAUUUGUGAAUGGGUCGUGAAAAAUCAUUUUCACUGUCCUAAAACGCUGAAAUAAUGUAAAUGAAAUACAACAAUAUACUGUAAUAAAGAGUGCACGUGAAGAUUGUAAAGUGUGAAUUUUUGUCAUUAAAGGGAGUAGUAUGAUCUCAAAUUUA